UAGGUAAUUAAUUAAAUGUACCUGUUUAUUUCAGCUCUCAUACACUGACGAGUCUGAGCAGAGGAAUGAGCUGCUCGGAAAUGAACACAAAAACGCGAUGACAAACAAUUCGGAGAAACUGGAGAGAUCAUCUAAACGUCUCGAGGAUGGUUAUCGUAUGGCCAUGGAGACGGAAGAGAUCGGACAAAACGUGCUGAACAACCUUGCUCAAGAUAGGGAGAAGAUAAAUAACGCUAGAAACAGGUUGAAUAACGUAGACAGUACACUAACACAAAGUUCCCGCCUCCUGAACAACAUGUACCGACGAGUGAUACAGAACAAAGCCAUGAUGUUUGUUAUCGGAUUAAUUAUCGUAGUGAUCAUCGUGCUUGCUUUAUACGGCAUGUUUAAAUAAACACAGAGAGAAUUCUGAGAUUAAUUUUCUAUUUUAAUGUUGUGAUCUGUGAUGGUCACUCCAGUGGUUAUGUAAUGUACACUA